GAUUCAGAACAGUGUCUUACUUUCAGUGAGGAGUCAAUGUGAAAUACUACACUGGUAGUUUGUCUUCAUUCUCAUACCCACAAGAAGAGGGGAUCUUCUACUUUUGAGGGAACUAUUCUGGCUGUAGGAGCAUCUGCUGUUGCCUGCGUUACUUUGAUCUCGCCCCAUUGACACUGUGACCAGCUAACAGUGUUUAUGGUUCGAUCCUUUUCUAUAUACACAUGCAGUUUCAGCCCUGACACACUGGACAUGGCUUUGACAUGCAGAGAAAAAACAGAAAAGGUAUGCCACCCAAAGUGUCACAUUGCAGUUUAACACAGUGGACAGUGCCAGGCCUCACAGGCCCUUGCUGAAGUCAGAGAUGUUGAGCGAGGAUGACCCCAAAUCACGCCCAAUGCUAGAACUCCGUGAGAAGCUCCAGCCAGAGGUGAUCGAGCUGAUUAAACAGCAGAGGUUGAAUCACCUGUGUGAGGGCACAUGCUUUAGGAAGAUCAGUGCUCGUCGCAGACAAGACAAAUUCUGGUAUUGCCGUCUAUCACCAAACCACAAAGUGUUACACUAUGGCGAUAUAGAGGAGUUCUCACAAGGACAAAUAUCACACGACUCUCUCCAAGAGAAAGUGACAGUAGCAGAUAUCAAAGCAGUGGUCACUGGUAAAGACUGCCCACACAUGAGGGAGAAAGGAGCACUUAAGAAUAAGGAGCUGCUGGAGCUGGCUUUUUCCAUUCUUCAUAACUCUGAUGAAUAUCUGAACUUCAUUGCUCCGGACAAGCAUGAAUACUGCAUUUGGACUGAUGGCUUGAAUGCUCUUUUGGCAAAAGAGAUGACAAGUGAGCUCACAAAAUCAGAUAUGGACACUCUGGUUACUAUGGAGCUGAAACUUCGCCUUUUGGACCUCGAAAACAUUCAGAUUCCUGACAUCCCUCCUCCUGUUCCCAAAGAGCCCAGCACUUACGACUUUGUUUACGACUUUAGUCAGCAGCACACUUGAGACUGGAAUAAAGCCCUUACUCAUGCUGAUAAUCAGCUGUAAGUAAGGAGUGCUCACUU